CUACGGCCCCUGUGCGCGGACCCCAGCGGGAGUUGGGGCUGGGGGGGCGGCGGCGGUGGGGCGGACAGCCGGGGUGCGCACCUGGGCCCCCCUGGCCAUGGCGGCGAAGGUGGACCUGAGCACCUCCACCGACUGGAAGGAGGCAAAAUCGUUUCUGAAGGGCCUGAGUGACAAGCAGCGGGAGGAACAUUACUUCUGCCGGGACUUCGUCAGACUGAAGAAAAUCCCCACGUGGAAGGAGACGGCGAAAGGGGUGACCGUGAAGGUGGAGGAGCCCAAGUACAAGAAGGACAAGCAACUCAACGAGAAGCUCUCCCUGUUCCGAGGGGACAUCACGAAAUUAGAGGUGGACGCCAUCGUCAACGCCGCCAACAGUUCCCUGCUCGGAGGCGGAGGUGUGGACGGCUGCAUUCACCGGGCUGCAGGACCCCUGCUCACUGACGAGUGCCGCACCCUGCAGAGCUGCGAGACCGGCAAGGCCAAGAUCACUGGCGGCUACCGGCUGCCCGCCAAGUAUGUCAUCCACACGGUGGGGCCCAUCGCCCACGGGGAGCCGAGCGCCAGCCAGGCCGCCGAGCUCCGCAGCUGUUACCUGAGCAGCCUUGACCUGCUGCUGGAGUACCGGCUCCGCUCAGUGGCCUUCCCCUGCAUCUCCACCGGAGUGUUUGGGUACCCCAACGAGGCAGCAGCAGAGGUGGUGCUGGCCACGCUGCGUGAGUGGCUGGAGCAGCAUAAGGACAAGGUGGAUCGGCUGGUCAUCUGCGUGUUCCUGGAGAAGGAUGAGGGCAUCUACCUGCAGCACCUGCCCCGCUACUUCCCUAUGGCCUGACGGCACCCCACCGCCACCCUGACCAGGACUGAUUCGCCUGGGCCUGCCGGACCUCGCUCGCAGCUCUAAAGGUCCCGAAGCCUGCAGCCUAGCCGGGCCACCCCCUUCCUUCCAUGGCCCCAGGCCCUCAGGAGCCUCCUAAUAAAGAUCAUCUUUGUUGCAGUG